CCGGAGCCCGAGAGUCCCCGGGGAGGGCACCGCGCGCGGCCCAGGGCAGCAGUCUCGGGGCGCCGGGGCCGGGGCGUAGGGGCCGUCGCCCGCCAUGGACCGCACCAGGGACGCUCCGGAUUCGUCGCCGCAGCCAGGCCUAGCUGCAUGGAUUCUUGCAGAAGCUGGAGCUGAAGGACUCCGGAGAUUUCUUAACGUACAGGAAGGGGACCUUUACUGACAGUUGCCAGCCCAGUGCAUGAGCACCAGUAGCCUGCUCAGUGGUGACCAUUAAUGGCCUUACUGGACCAAACAUCAAGCCUUCCUUUUCUUGCCGUGGGGUGAAGACCCUUUCCCAGGUCUUCAGACAGACUUCUCAUUCUGCCCAGUCCAUGCCCAGCACUGCCAAAGGUUCCAGAGCUUAGAGACAUUUUUCCUCUUCCCCUUUUGAUGGAAGCAGAAAUACUUGCUAAGGUGUCCACCCCUCAGGGUUCCUGACCCUACCCCUGGACAGCGACCCCUUCUCAGACUCCAGUCGGGCCGGACUCUGCAAACCUGCUUCCACAAUGGGUGGGUUGUGAGUGCUGGUAAGACCUGCCACCAUUCAGCUGCUCUGUCCUCCCCGUGCCCGGCCGGCCGGCCCAUGCCUGUUCUUUUCUCCCCUGUGCUGCCGCUGCCCGUGGCCACCCCUGUCCUGAACUUACUGCCACUCAGGUAAUGAGGAGCCGUGGGUGCAGCCAGCCUUGGAGAUGCCGAAGAGACGGGACAUCCUAGCGAUCGUCCUCAUCGUGCUGCCCUGGACUCUGCUCAUCACCGUCUGGCACCAGAGCACCCUCGCACCCCUGCUUGCGGUGCACAAGGCUAGGAGGAAGCACCGGACCAUCCAGACCCCUGCGUGAGACUUGCACACCUGUGGGAAUGGGAAGCUCGUGGAACCUGCCACACAGUUCAGAGGGGUCCAGGAUGAUGAGGGCAGUGACCCCCGACGCGACGCGCCGCCCGGCACCGACCCCCGAGAGUACUGCAUGUCUGACCGCGACAUCGUGGAGGUGGUGCGCACCGAGUACGUGUACACGCGGCCGCCGCCGUGGUCCGACACGCUGCCCACCAUCCACGUGGUGACGCCCACCUACAGCCGCCCGGUGCAGAAGGCCGAGCUGACGCGCAUGGCCAACACGCUGCUGCACGUGCCCAACCUGCACUGGCUGGUGGUGGAGGAUGCGCCGCGCCGGACGCCCCUGACCGCGCGGCUGCUGCGCGACACCGGCCUCAACUACACGCACCUGCACGUGGAGACGCCGCGCAACUACAAGCUGCGAGGAGACGCCCGCGACCCACGCAUCCCGCGGGGCACCAUGCAGCGCAACCUGGCCCUGCGCUGGCUGCGCGAGACCUUCCCGCGCAACUCCAGCCAGCCCGGCGUGGUGUACUUCGCCGACGACGACAACACCUACAGCCUGGAGCUCUUCGAAGAGAUGCGCAGCACCAGGAGGGUGUCCGUGUGGCCCGUCGCUUUCGUGGGGGGCCUGCGGUACGAGGCCCCACGGGUGAACGGGGCAGGGAAGGUGGUCGGCUGGAAGACGGUGUUUGACCCCCACCGGCCAUUUGCAAUAGACAUGGCUGGAUUUGCAGUCAACCUGCGGCUCAUUCUGCAGCGAAGCCAGGCCUACUUCAAGCUGCGAGGUGUGAAGGGAGGCUACCAGGAAAGCAGCCUCCUUCGAGAACUUGUCACGCUCAAUGACCUGGAGCCCAAGGCAGCCAACUGCACCAAGAUCCUGGUGUGGCACACACGGACAGAGAAGCCAGUGCUGGUGAAUGAGGGCAAGAAGGGCUUCACUGACCCCUCGGUGGAGAUCUGAGCUUCAGGAUGCAGGAGCCUCCUCCUCAGACCCUGUUCUUGGCCUUCCAUCCUCUCCCCACGGCUGAUGGUCCCUCCAAGGCCGACUCCUAAGGAAUCACCAUCACCCUCCUUUCUAUUCUGGGGGCUUCUGAGAGAGCCCAGCCUGAUGCCAGGACAAAGGACAGAGAAUUUAAGCACAGAAAUCCCAGACCCGUUGUUCUCUCCAACCAGCGUGACCAGGGCCCGACCUGAUGGCCAGGGUGGGGUGCCCAGCACCAGCCAAGCCGGUGCUCCAGUGCACCUCCCCAGAGCUCCCUGCACUGACGGGGCUGCAGGAGCAGGCGCAGUGGGCACCCACACCGGCCCUGCAGUGAUGCGGGUGGGAGGGAGGUGAGAAGACCCUGCAGUCGAGUGGAGCAUGGCCCCCCCUGGCUCCCUGUCCCUGGGCCCGGCACUACCACACAGGACACCCAGCCAGGGAAUUCCGAAGACCAGAGAGCAGCCCACGGGCAUCAUGAGUGCUCUGCUCCUCUCCUCGGUCCCUGCUCUUCCCGAGAGCUGCCCCCAAAUCAGACAUACCUCUGUGGCUCUCCUCUGGUUCAUGUUUACAGAGCAUAAGGCCGUCUUUGAUCCCAACAGGCACCCAGCCCUGCAUGGGGGGGACCUGGGCCUAAUAGGCACCCCCUGUACCUCAGGCUGUGGCAGGAGCAGAGUCCCCUCCUACGGCCCCUCUUUCUUUACCCCUUCUCCUCCAGCACUGGCAAAGGGGUGGGCUCUAGAGCCAGCACAGGUUACUGCCUGACCUGGAUUAAGAACCCCACGGCCCCACUGUCCACAUACUGCCUCCCCACCGCCCACCUCGGCUGCUAGGCCCCUCACCUGGACUGGCUGGGGAGGGAAGGCGCCUUUUCCUGCAGCUCUUCAGAGCCACAGACCCCAGGGUGCAGUGAGCCUGUGGUGGGCAGUGGGCAAGGUGAUGGGUGGAGGGCAGGGCGGUGGGUGGCGUGCAAGGUGGGACCUCCUGCAGCCUGGAAAAAGGAGGGAGGCCGAGGCCAUUCCCUAACUCUCCCCUGCCCCUGGUCUGAGGAGGAGGGACUCUGGAGUAGCAGAGGGUCUGGAGAAAAGGGGGCAGGGGCUGGUGGGACACUGAGCAGGAGGGAGGCCUGAGCACACUGCUUUGGAAAUUAUUCUAAACACAAAAAAGGGAAAGAAAAUGUUACUUCUCCCUAAGUCGGGAGCAUGCAAAGCUAGCCCACCUCAUGUCCAGCUGUCUACUUUCCACCCUAGAGAAAGAACAGUGUGUCUCAAGCUGCUGCCCUCCCCAGGCCUCCCAGGCCCGCUGGAAAGGGCUCCGACUCCCCCUGGCUGGCCGGGCUCUCUGGUGGUGAUCUGGCUCAUUCUCCUGCAAGUCAGAAGCACAAUUUUCCCCCCAAGUGGAGGAAAAGGAAAGGGCCCCAGCCUACUGAAGAGGUAUUUAUUUUUUAACUAACAGCCUCCCACCCCAUUAAGAUUCACCAGGACAGGUCUGAGGGCCAUUCAGAACCCACUCCUGAGUGGGUGGGCGGGUGGGACUCAGUCCAGAGACCUAACAUUCAGAAUAGAGCAUUGGUUGCCUGUUUUGAGAUGGAUUUAAUCUCCCACAGUAUUCAUGAGACCAUCUGAUGGAAUCAGAUCCCUGAGCCCCCUUGCAGGACGUUUUCCCCAACCUCUUACACCCUGAAUGUCACUUUGGAAACCAAGCCCUUGGAAGCAAGUGGGGUGGCAUGGGAGAGAAGGGAGGAGGUGGGCACAGGUGGUGAACUUAUGUGUGGGCACUCUACUGCCUCACUCACAGAAGCCAGCCCUGGUGCCAAGGUCAGCUUGGCUGGUCUGAGGCCACCUUCUUAGCCAAAAACCCAGGGUUCAUUUUCAGGAAAUUGAUAAUGAACAACAAAAUGGGGACUUCUUUUGGCAGAUGCUAGGUCAGUUGUUUUCACCUAAUAUCCUCUUUUAGCUGCAUGUGUAUUUAUUUAUAAUUAUAACCCUGGUGGACUGCAGCCUUCAUCCUUGUUGGGAAUGAGUUUGUUAUAAAUCAGAAGUGAGUCCAUGAUGACGAUUGUUUUCCAAACCCAGUCUGUUCCCUGCUCCUUCGCUGGCAAACCCCACCACACAGGAGUGAGGCCAGGGGCUAGGAGUUCCAAGAACAGAGGCUGGGGUGAGGGUGGCACCCAGGCAGCUGCAUCUGGUCUGUUUUAAUUUAACUGUAUUUAAUUUGCUUUCAAAAUUAAAAGUCAAAUACAGUUUUUAACAGUCCUAA